CUAUAAUAUCCGAAGCGUACUCAUUUCCAGUUGAAAACUAUAUUCUAACCAAACGUUUAUUUUUGAGUGGGGAUUUUUAUUUUCGUCACCGCUUAUAUUCAAACAAGGGAAAAAGUAUCAUCGACACCGUCUACCGUGUUUCUAAUUUUCUUAAUUAAAUCUAAUUAAAUCAUUCGUAGUAAUUAUCUCAUGUUGAGGUGAACGUUACCGUUUGCGGAUAAGACAGGGCUACGAACAAGUCUGGUUUUUAGGGGUUCGUUCGACCCAACUCGACAAAACCAAAGCAAACAUUCCACUGUCCCAGAUUAAUUAUUUCAUUUGAUCAAAGCUUUAAAUCGUUAAUUGGUUUUUCCCUAUUUUACAGAAAAGGAGGAAAUGGCUUUUAAUCAACAACAAAUCAAUCAACGAACUUUCUUCAGCCUUCUCCACUCUUCAUUUGGACUUUAUACCAAACAUUCUACUGGUGAGUAGGAAAUAUAUCUACAUUGCAUCUGUUCCACACUUGUAAACGGAGGACUGUGAUAUCUAAGACAAGAAAUUGAACCACAAUAAAUUAACUCACAGACGUUUGUCAGCUUUUUAAGAAUUGCUCAAGAAAUAAUAUGGAGACCGUUGAUCACUUGGACACAAUUGUUUUGAACGAUACAGAUACAGAUAGAGAGACAGACGGGGAUGAGAAAACUGUUAAUGGUGAAGUAUUUACUAAAGAAAGAUCGAGACAGGGAAAUAUCACCGAAUAUAAAUGUGAUGUUUGUAGGAAGACAUUCCCUUCGGAGCAAGAAGUCUUUAAACACAAAGAAAUACACAAUAAGGAAAAAGCCUAUAAUUGUGAAAUAUGUGGGAAAUAUUUUGUCUCUGAAGAUGUCUUAACGAAACACAAACGGAUACACACUGGAGCAAGACUGUUUCAUUGUGAGAUCUGCGGGAAAUCAUUCAUUAACAAUUCUGAUCUUGUUCUACACACUCGUAGUCACACUGGGGAGAAACCAUUCAAGUGUGAAAUUUGUGCAAAAUCAUUUGUCUGUAAAAGUGUACUAAAAAUUCACGAAAGAAUCCACUCUGGAGGAAAAUUAUUUCAUUGUGAAAUUUGUCAGAAAUAUUUUUUAUCUAACAGUGAUUUAAACAGACAUAAACGAAUCCAUAGUGGUGAGAAACCGUUUAGUUGUGAGAUCUGCGGGAGAUCAUUUCUUAACAAUUCUGAUCUUGUUCUACACACACGUCGUCACACUGGGGAGAAACCAUUCAAGUGUGAAAUCUGUGCAAAAUCAUUUAUCUGUAAAAGUGAGCUAACAUUUCACAAAAGACUCCACACUGGAGAAAAAUUACUCCAUUGUGAAAUAUGUGGAAAAUCAUUUGCUGAUAAACCAUGCCUCGUUGAACACCAACGUAGUGACACUGGAGAAAAUCCCUACCGUUGUGAAGUGUGUGAGAAAUCUUUCUCCGAUAAUUCUCUUCUUGUUGUUCACAAACGAAGUCACGCUGAAGAGAAGCCUUUCCAUGAAAUAUUUGGGGAACCCUUCGUUGGUAACAGCCUCUUAAAUACGUGCAAAUUGAAUGACUCUGGACGAAAACUGCUUCGCUGUGAAAUAUGCAGGAAGUGUUUCACUCAAAAUUCUACUCUUGUCAGACAUCAGCAGAGUCACACUGGGGAAAAACCGUAUCGUUGUGAAAUAUGCGGCACAUUGUUUGCCUACAAUGGCAACUUAACAAAACACAAACGAAUCCAUUCAGGAGUGAAACCAUUUCGCUGUCAAAUCUGUGGGAAAACUUUCGUUUGUGGCAGUGACUUAACGAGGCAUGAACGACUGCAUACUGGGGAGAAACCUUUCCACUGUGAAAUAUGCGGAAAAUCUUUUUCUCAGAAUUCCCAUCUCAUAUGUCACAAACGUGGCCAUACUGGAGAAAAGCCUUUCCUCUGCGAAGUAUGUGGAAAAUCUUUUUUUCAGAGUUAUCAUCUUGUAAUUCACAAACGUGUCCACACAAGAGAAAAACUUUUCCACUGUGAAAUCUGCGGGACAUCGUUUGUGUCUAACAGUAUCUUAACGAAACACCAAAGAAGACAUAUAGGGGAGAAACCAUUUGGCUGUCAGAUAUGUGGGAAAUCUUUUAAUUAUAGCAGUAGCUUAACGAAGCAUAGAAGAAUCCAUACAGGGGAAAAACCUUUCCGCUGUGAAAUCUGUGGAAAAUCUUUUGCCACUAGCAGUAACUUAACACAACACAAAAGGAUUCACAGAGGAAGGAAAUCUCUUAACUGUGGAAUAUGAUAAAUCCUUUUCUGUGGAGAACAUUUUAACUUGGGGGAAAUAUGAUGGAAAUAAUUCUCAUUUCUCAUCAUUUCUUAUCUUUGAAUCUUGUUGAUCUCUUGUUUAGGAGAAGUUUUUUCUCCAAAAUAUUCUGGGCAUUCCUAUUUGUGAACUUGUGGAUAAUAAUAAUAAUAAUAAUAAUUGUGUACAGUGCUCAGGUGCACUACAACUCAUGUAUGUAUGUAUAAUCAGGUGUAGUUUCGGCGUAUUUCGGAAAGCAUGAGGGCCUUAAAGG